AUUUGAAGUUAUUUUGUAAAAUGAAAAAUAAACUCAUAUUAUUUGGACUUUUCUUCGCGCUGCUCCAAGCGACAGUGUUUGGAAAACGGAAUGAGCCUGUUCCCCCCAUAAUCGAUGAGCCAUUGAAAAUUAACGUAGAUGCCGCGAAAGAGAGAGACAGUUGCAUGAGUUUGGCUAAAACAAUCGAAGAAAAGCAAAGUCUAAGAGAUGAUGCACUGGAAAGAAUGACAGCGAAAAUCGAAGCAUUGGAAGAAAGAAUAACCGCGGAUGCCAAAGCAACCGAGGAUAGGUGUACUCAACGAAUUUUCAGAAUGACCGCGGAAGUCAACGUAACUGAGGAGAGAUGGAAUCAACGAUUGACAGAGGUGAUAAAAACAGCGGAAGGAAGAAUGUCUGCGGAAAUUACACGGUUGAAUCAGAAAGUAGUUGAGUUAAGCAACCAGCUUGCCAAAAGAACAGAUGUUGCCACACCUCAGAAACGUCCAGCAGAGCUUGGUAAGUUUCGCAUUGUUUUGAAUUGCAUGUUUUAUUUUGUAAACACAGAUCUUAUGAAACAUACUUUUAUAGCUAAAUGUUAAUGGAAUUUUAAUUUGGUUUAAGCUUGUGAAAAAAUAACAAAUGAUUUGCGAUCAAUUGAUCCCGUGACCUUGUUCAGCGCCUUUCUUUUUAAAUCUGACAGUGCAGUUGGCUUAUGUAGAGGCAAUUGGAUUGACAAACGGUUUUAUAUAACUGCAGCAGGUUGCGUAUCAACUGUCAAAUUUACGAAGAUAGAAGUGGGUUCAGAGCAUAAGGAAAUAAAGGCAGUUCACAUACAUCCCGAUUUCUCUUCAGAAACACCUUCCCUUAACAAUAUUGCUUUGAUUGAAAUGGUGAGUGAUUUGGAUUACUCUUCCGAUUGGCAUCCAGUGUGCUUAUACACUUCACAAGUGAAUCCAGAGAGUUAUUUGAUGGGAUAUUUCGGAAAAAUUCAGAUUGUAGCAGACGCUGAAUGUUCUAAUAAGACCGGUGCUGACCUGAAGCCAUCUCAACUAUGUGCAAAGAAUUUGAAAUUUAAGCGCACUUUCCUUGGCAUGCCAAUAUACAAAGUUCAAGAAAAUUUCCCCAUACAUAAAUUGUUUGCAAUUGUAGCAAAGGAAUCUGACGAUUUUGAACCUUAUGUGAUAACAAAAGUGUUUGAUCACUUGGACUUUAUUGAAAGCAUUGUAUGGCCGAAGAAUGGCAACUGAGGUUCGAAAGUAAUAUUUUUCAAUAUUAGAAUUUGCAAAUAAAGUUAAACCGUUUAUUCAUCAUA